CAAGCCUCAACUGCUCAACUAAAAGGCCCAAUAAACCCACCCAAUUCAGCUCUAAAUUCAUAUGACCCAAUAAAGGCCCAAUAAACUCCAAUUCUCAAUAUCCCAACCAUUCCCACCUUUCGUCUUCAUAUAUAAGCGCCACUCAUAAACCCUAGUUUUGUUUUAUCAUCCUCCGCCUCACUGUCCUACCGGCGUUCCGCAUAUCGGUCGGAGAAAGAAGGUUAGCCCACCAUUUCUACAUACGAAAAUUGGUGAUGGCUCCAAAGCAGCCAAAUAGUGGACUUUUUGUGGGUUUGAAGAAGGGGCAUGUUGUUACCCCCAAGGAAUUAGCUCCUCGCCCUUCGGACAGGAAAGGGAAAACGAGCAAGAGGGUGCAUUUUGCAAGGAGUCUCAUUAGAGAGGUUGCUGGGUUUGCACCUUACGAGAAGAGAAUCACUGAGCUUCUUAAAGUUGGAAAGGACAAGCGUGCUCUGAAGGUUGCCAAGAGAAAAUUGGGCACCCAUAAGAGGGCAAAAAAGAAGAGAGAGGAGAUGGCUGGUGCCCUUCGCAAGAUGAGGGCCGCGGGAGGUGGUGAAAAGAAGAAGUGAAGUGUGUCGUUUUCCUCUCUGUCUUUAUUGCUAUUGUCUGGCGACUUAUCUUAUUUUUAUUGUAUUUUGUUCAUCUUUUAGAAUGGAUUAUGAUUGUGAAAGUUUCCUCUUUUACUGAUGGUAUCAACUUAUUUUUUAUUCUGUGCACACCUCUCUCUGCUCCUAUAAUGACUUGUGAGCUACUUCACUGCUUAUCUGAUAUGUAUGCUUAUAUUUCAUGAUUAACUAGUUAUAUGGACUAAAUGUGCAUGUCUUCAAUUUGCCUUCAAUAUUGUGGUUCAUCCCAAGAAAGUGGCUUGAGUAGCUGGUGGUCAGGCUUAUAAUUUGGUGGGCGGUUAUUUUUUGAAGGGUUGUAAAUGGGUCAAGUCAAGCUUCAGCUCUUGAUACUCUAAUCCUUGCUAACUAUUCGAGCUGAUAAAUAAGCUUGAGCUCGGCA